AUGGUUGUGAGCACGAUGCCAGGGCAUCAGCGCAAUGCUUCGCAGGGUCAACAUCUGAUCGUCGAUCGACACGAGAGCGGCGAAGAGGAGGAAGACGUUGAAAGGCAACAACCCCGCACGCAUGCGCCACCGGAAGUUUCGAGCGGUGGCGUUUUUCCUACAUCUCAGCCAGACCCGCCCGUCAGCAGACCUCACGAGAAUCGGAUCAAAGGUGGCUGCCGUGAUCCGAGACUACGAUCCAACUGGCAGGUCGUCAUCGGCUCCUUCAUAUUGACGAUAAUGGGUGCUGCACUACUCUUCUACGGUAUUCUCGUCUAUUUAGAAAUCACCAACGAUCAUGCCGGUGUCCAAAUCUGGGUGCUGUUCUUUGCGGGGCUGCUCUGCUUUAUCCCCGGUUUCUACCACGUCUUCUACAUCACAUGCACGAUAUGCGGCCGGCCCGGAUAUUCGUUCGACAAAUUGCCCACGUUCUCCAGA